GCAACGCAGCCGCGCAGACGCAGCCAGCGGUUGAAUAUUUUUUUCGUUUUUUUUUUCCUAAUCCUCCUUCUCCUGCAUUGCUGCAUCCUUUUGCCAGGCAAGGAUCCUGUUACGCCGCUUGUGAGCCGAAAGUGUCCGAAAACCAAGUGCCAAACGCCGUGGCCCGAUAAUUGCAACUGGCCAACGAGGAGCACUAUUGGAAAAAGAAAGGAUCCCAAGGGACAAAACUGGAGAGAAGAAAAGCCUCGAGGCAGCACAAGGCACAAGCAGCAGAGCAAAGGACGCAGCUUGGCGGAUCAUAGAGAAAAGCAAGGCAGAACAGAGCCGCGCCAUGCACAAAAGAAAGAAACGCUAGAAACGCAGAGCGAAGCGAGAGACAGAGACAGAGAAUACAUGUAUAGGGGAAUCUCUAUAGAGAAAGAGAAGAACAUAAUCCCGUGAACCUUAAGCCAAUCCCGAACACGUAACCAUAACCAAUCCCAAUCCGAAACCCGAUCAUUAUGGUACUCAAUCUACUCUUCAUAACGACUGUGAUCAAGUCGACCUUCGGCGUGGUGACGACGGGCCUCUGGCUAAUACCGCUGAUGCUGGCCGCCAUCACCUACUAUCGCUACGAUGCAGUCGACCCCGAGUCGCGGCCACUGGACCAGCUCAACCUCUAUCCGGAGUACGACUUCAUAGUGGUGGGCAGUGGCUCGGCGGGGGCUGUGGUGGCCAAUCGGCUGAGCGAGGUGCGCAAGUGGAAGGUUCUGCUGAUCGAGGCCGGGCCGGAUGAGAACGAGAUCUCGGACGUGCCCUCGCUGGCCGCAUAUCUGCAGCUGAGCAAACUGGACUGGGCCUACAAGACGGAGCCCUCGAACAAGGCCUGUCUGGGCAUGCAGAACAACCGCUGCAACUGGCCCAGAGGCCGGGUGCUCGGCGGCAGCUCCGUCCUCAACUAUAUGCUGUAUGUGCGGGGCAAUCGCAACGACUACGACCACUGGGCCUCGCUGGGGAACACCGGCUGGGACUACGACCAGGUGCUGCGCUACUUCAAGAAGUCCGAGGACAACCGCAAUCCCUAUCUGGCCAACAACGCCUACCAUGGCAGGGGCGGCCUGCUGACGGUCCAGGAGUCGCCCUGGCACUCGCCCCUGGUGGCGGCCUUCGUGGAGGCUGGCACGCAGUUGGGCUACCAGAAUCGCGACAUCAAUGGGGCCCAACAGUCGGGCUUCAUGAUCGCCCAGGGCACCAUCCGACGGGGCUCCCGCUGCUCCACCGCCAAGGCCUUUCUGCGACCGAUCCGGCAGCGCAAGAACUUCCAUCUGUCGAUGAACUCCCAUGUCACGAGGGUGAUCAUCGAGCCGGGCACCAUGCGGGCCCAGGCCGUCGAGUUCGUCAAGCACGGAAAGGUCUAUCGCAUUGCGGCCCGUCGGGAGGUUAUCCUCUCGGCGGGGGCCAUCAACACCCCGCAGCUGAUGAUGCUGUCGGGACUGGGACCGCGGAAGCAGCUCGAGAAGCACGGCAUCCGGGUCCUGCAGGACCUGCCCGUGGGCGAGAACAUGCAGGACCAUGUGGGCAUGGGCGGACUCACGUUUCUGGUGGACAAGCCGGUGGCCAUCAUUCAGGAUCGCUUCAAUCCCACGGCCGUCACCUUUCAGUAUGUGCUGCGCGAACGCGGACCAAUGACGACCCUCGGCGGAGUCGAGGGCCUGGCCUUUGUCCACACGCCGUACUCCAAUCGCACCGUCGACUGGCCGGACAUACAGUUCCACAUGGCGCCGGCGUCGAUCAACUCGGACAACGGGGCGCGGGUGAAGAAGGUGCUGGGCCUGAAGGAGUCCGUCUACAAGGAGGUCUACCAUCCCAUUGCCAACAAGGACAGCUGGACGAUUAUGCCGCUGCUGCUGCGCCCCCGAUCGAGGGGCUCGGUGAGGCUGAGGACGGCCAACCCCUUUCACUACCCCCUGAUCGAUGCCAACUACUUUGACGACCCCCUCGACGCCAAGACCCUCGUCGAGGGCGCCAAGAUCGCCCUGCGCGUGGCCGAGGCGCAGGUCUUCAAGCAGUUCGGAUCGCGGCUGUGGCGCAAACCACUGCCCAACUGCAAGCAGCACAAGUUCCUCUCUGACGCCUAUCUGGAGUGCCAUGUGAGGACCAUUUCGAUGACCAUCUACCAUCCGUGCGGGACGGCCAAAAUGGGCCCCGCCUGGGAUCCCGAGGCCGUCGUGGAUCCCCGCCUCCGAGUCUACGGUGUGCGCGGCCUGCGGGUGAUCGAUGCCAGCAUCAUGCCCACCAUCAGCAGCGGCAACACGAAUGCACCUGUCAUCAUGAUUGCCGAGAAGGGUGCCGAUCUCAUCAAGGAGGAUUGGCUCACCAAUCCCGAGUACAAGGUGAAGCGACAGGCCUCCACCUCCUCCACCGCUGGGCGCACAAAGAGUCGACCUGCAGGAGGCGACACGGAUGCGGCAGCCAGCAGCAUACAAGGUAUCAACAUCAGCAGCAGCAGCAACAUCAGCAGCAACAUCAUUGAAGGCAGCAACAUCGUCGACAGCAGCAGCAUCUACGACAGCAGCAACAUCACCUAUUCAGAGAGUUAGGUCGAUCAGAGUCAGAGUCAGCGCCAGAUCAGUGCUCAGGGGUCCAUUAGCUUUAAACAAUCUUGAGAGAGAGAGAGAGAGAGUUCUCCCUGUUUCUCGCCAAACGAGCAUCCAUGUUGCCAUUCAUUAGGGUUUUUUUUCUGGGAUUGCUGCGGAUCACAGCAACAGUCUCCAAAGAAAUCUAGAAGAAUUGUUUUAGCCACACAAUAAUCCCAAUAAUGGGAUCAAUUGCAAGUUCUACAAAAUCUAAAGCUCCAAGAAACACCACCAAAUCGAAUCUCAUUUCCAGCUGCUCUCCACGGAUUCUUCUACAAAUUUUGUGGUACAACUAUUUCCGCACUCCACUCCCGACCCUUUUCCAUUGCAAGAAGACAGCAGAAAGAAGCAUGAUGAAAUCGAGUCAUAGAUUAUAGCCUCCAUUAAUGUGUAUUCCUAGCUUUAGUUAAUUAUUGUUUUACAUAUUUUUUUGUUUGUUUUUGUUCCUUGUAAUAAUAUUAUUUAGAUUUCCAUUAUUAUUUGUGUAAUUUGUCGUUAAGUUAUGUUUUGAUUAAGUUAAUAUUCUACGACUAUUUAUAUUUAUACAAAACAUUCCCACACACGCAUGCGCAUUAUUUAAACGACACACA